AUGACGGUAGCCAAGUACGAGAACCGGUUUACCGAGUUGUCCCGCUAUGCCCCUCGAAUUGUUGCUGAUGAAACAACACGGAUGAGGCGUUUCGUCGAGGGCCUCAGAGCUGGGUCUGAUUUGGUGCGGACGACCACUGAGAAGAUUGAAAUCAUUAGGCGUCGUCUCUUGACAGCCCAGAGUAGACAGAAGAGGUAUGCGGAUACAAGACGUAGGGACUUGGAAUUUGAAGUAGGGGACCAUGUGUUGCUAAGAAUCUCACCGAUGAAAGGAGUGCUACACUUUGGCAAGAAAGGAAAACUCGCCCCACGUUAUAUUGGGCCUUUCCAAUUCCUCGAUCACAUUGGGCCUGUCGCCUAUCGCUUGGCCUUGCCCACUCUUCUUACCGAAGUGCACAAUGUAUUUCAUGUUUUCAUGCUUAAGAAGUACAUCCCCGACCCUACUCAUGUCAUCUGGUGGCAGCACGUUGAACUCAAAGACAAUGCCACGUAUAUCCUCAGGCCCACCCAAAUUCUAAACAAGAAGGAACAGGUGUUACGGAACGAAGUGAUCCCAUUAGUCAAAGUCUUGUGGACGCACUACGGAGAAGAAGAAGCCACCUGGGAGACUGAAGCUGAGAUCCGUAAGCACUACCCAAACCUACUCAAGCAAUACGAAUAG